AUGUGGAAAACAUUACAAAAUAUAUGUAUUCAAAUUACUGGUAAUAUAAUAAAUUUAAGCAAUUUUCAUGUCAACUUUGAAAAGUCUGUGCAUAAUGCAGUAUUGCAAAUUUUCCCUUACUGCAAAAUUACGUGUUGUAACUUUCAUUUAGGGCAAAAUUGGUUUAGACAUAUUCAACAACAUAAAUUAUUAUCGAGCGAGUACUUAAACAACGACUCAGAAGUUGGCAAAUGGAUGAAAUGUUUUUUUGGAAUAAGUUAUUUACCUCCUGACGAAGUUUCUGAUGGAUUUUGUGAUCUUAUGUCGAUAGCACCAAGUACUACGUCUAAAAAUAUUUCUAUAUUUUUCGAUUAUAUUUUAGAAAAUUACAUUGCAUCGGACAGCAAUUUUCCUCCAACAUUAUGGGCUUGUAAACCUACUAAUAAUCCUAAGACUACUAAUGGUGCAGAGAGUUAUUACAAACAAUUUAACAGUCAGUUUUACACUGCUCAUCUGCACAUACAUCAAGUAAUCGACGUCAUUAUUGAAAUUCAAAAUAAUGAAGAAAUGUCCAUACUCUUAAAACACCGAGGUUUUUUAGACUUUCCAAAUAUCAGUUGCUUCCUAAUUUUUCCGGCCAUACCAUCACAGAUGAACUCUGUUAAGCGAUCCUUUCAUUUUUUUCCUCUAGUACAUGGCUCACUCUUAAGGACUAGUAACAUGUGUUUUGAUGAAGAACCAUCCAGUGAGGACACUUCGGUGAGGGAUUUGGAUUUAGUGGUAUUAUUUUAUAUUAGAUUAAAUCCCUUGGCCAUUGUCGCUGGAGUCUUCUAG